AGGCCACUGGGGCUUAAAGGCAGCCUAGGAGUGAGGCCGCUCAGCUGGAAGAAAGACAGCUCCUGAGCCACAAGCAGAAGCCCCACAGAUAUGGAGCAGAAGGAAGGGAAGCCCUCUGAGGAUGGGAACACCGUCUCCCCAGUUGCAGACAACCCUGAGAUGUCAGGAGGUGGAGCCCCUGAAGCAGGAAAGCAGGAAAAGGCACCAGCUGAGGAUGGCAUUUCAGCGGAACUCCAGGGGGAAGCAAAUGGAUUAGAUGAGGUCAAGGUGGAAUCUCAGAGGGAGGCUGGUGGGAAAGAGGACUCUGAGGCUGAACUUAAAGAGGAGAAUGGUGAGAAGGAAGAGACCACUGCAGCUUCUCAGGAGAUGACUGGCAGGAAAGAAGAGACCAAAUCCGAACCCAAGGAGGCUGAGGAAAAGGAGGAGAGCGUGCUGGCCUCUGAGAAGCAGAAGGCGGAGGAGAAAGAGGCCAAACCUGAAUCUGGGCAGAAAGCCGAUGCCAACAACAGAGAAAAGCCUGAACCUAAGGCAACUGUUGAGGAGGAGGAGGCCAAGACAGCCUCUCAGGAGCAGACAGGCCAGAGGGAGGAGCGCAGCACUGAACCCAAGGAGAAGGCUACUGACGAAGAGGCCAAGGCUGAAUCGCAGAAGAAGGCUGUUGUGGAGGAUGAGGCUAAGGCUGAACCCAAGGAGUCCGAUGGGAAAGAGGAGGCCAAACAUGAUACAACAAAGGAGGCUGAUGCAAAGGAGGAGGUGGAGGAGGCGGAGGAGGCAGAGCCAGGCAGUCCCAGUGAAGAGCAGGAGCAGGACGUGGAAAAAGAGCCAGAGGGAGGGGCAGGGGUGCUUCCCAGCUCCCCAGAGGAGUGGCCUGAGAGCCCCACGGGGGAGGGGCAUAACCUCAGCACAGAUGGGUUGGGUCCAGACUCCGUAGCUUCUGGAGAGACCAGUCCUUCAGCCAGUGAGUCUUCACCCAGCGAUGUGCCCCAGAGUACCCCCGAGUCCCCUCCCUCAGGGGAGAAGAAGGAGAAGGCACCAGAGCGCAGGGUAUCAGCCCCUGCUCGGCCCCGGGGACCCCGAGCACAGAACCGCAAAGCCAUCGUGGACAAGUUUGGCGGGGCAGCGUCCGGCCCUACAGCCCUGUUCCGGAACACUAAGGCAGCCGGGGCAGCCAUUGGUGGUGUCAAGAACAUGCUCUUGGAGUGGUGCCGAGCCAUGACAAAAAAAUACGAGCACGUGGACAUCCAGAACUUCUCCUCCAGCUGGAGCAGCGGCAUGGCCUUCUGUGCCCUCAUCCACAAGUUCUUCCCCGACGCCUUUGACUACGCAGAGCUGGACCCCACGAAGCGCCGGCACAACUUCACCCUGGCCUUCUCCACAGCAGAGAAACUGGCUGACUGUGCUCAGCUGCUAGACGUGGAUGACAUGGUGAGGUUGGCUGUGCCUGACUCCAAGUGCGUCUACACCUACAUCCAGGAGCUGUACCGCAGCCUCGUGCAGAAAGGACUGGUGAAGACCAAGAAGAAAUGAGGAGGUGACUGGCUCUGUGGGCAGAGAUGGGCAGGGUGCCCAGCUCACCAGCUGUGGCCCGGGGACUCCCUUCUGCUCCAUGGAGGCACCAGAGCCAGGGGCUCAGGCAAGGGCAUGUGGCGUUGGUUUUAACUGCAUUAAAAGUACUUUUGUAAAA